AUGAAUUUAAAUGAUCUUAAUAGCUCUCUCGCUACCUUCACCCCGUGUAAAUCCCCAAAUUGCAAAAACCCUGUGAUCCUAGAAACGCUCAAGAAUGGUCUAUUGUCCACGUGCGAACAACUUGGUUACGCCUACAUCAAUACGUAUGAUAGCAUGAGUAUAACAUGGGUUAGCGAAAGCGACCCGGACAGAAAACACUGCGCAAAAAUAUGUAUGACUACGUUUCCUGUCCUAUAUAACGCAUUGGCUGAGCUGAAACAGGGACUUGAAAAAUCUGAGAAAUCAUGGCAAUUGUACACAAUGUAUAAUUCUGGAAAUAUGGAUUCUAGCCUACGUAAGUUAUUCUUCGGUGAAAACGGGUACGAUGUUGGCCGUCCGGCUACAAGCCCAUAUGGAGAGCUAAAUCACAAGUCAACAUUUGACGGCAGCAACGUCCUAGCUAAUCUAAGCAACAAAACGCAUAACUUGUUCAGUCCUGGUCACGCUCGACUUGCCGGUGCUCUCAGCUCAGGAGCACAUAUCAUACCUGUGGAAUACGCCGACGAGGACGGAUUGAUCCCGGACCUCUACGCGUUGCUUAAACCAUAUGCUCAAGUCUGUCACCUAUCCACCUUCUCAUCGACUAAGUCGCCGUGCAGUGUCUUCGAAAUGCUUCUCUGGUGUUCCGGUUUACAGUUCAACGGAGUAUACGAUAAGUUGUGUGAUUAUUGCGAUUCACUCUUUGACAAGGUAGCGGAUAACGCUGACCCUGAGCACAAAAUUCUAGCGCCAAUUGCUGCGUAUCCGAAGGCGAUUUCGGCGUUUGACGUAUCUGCUGCAAUUGAACAUAUCGUGUCGCGCUCAUACCAACUGCUGACUGCUGUCCUCGGCACGGGAAACGCAUACACCAUGUACGCCUGUGACUUCCCUAUCAACACUCUCGGGCUGAAAUAUCCUACCUCUGGCGCAGAUUGUCUUGACAUGCUGCUUGACGUACUUCGUAGAUUGUGUCCCGUACUCCAUUAUCUGUAUAGGCAGUGCAAUAUCACUGCGAAUUACGGUGGAUGGCGUGACUGCUGGUACGGCAAGGACAUAAAGACAUCCAAGUGGCCAUGCAAAGUUCAUCCCACCGACGUGUCAAAUAAUGAACGAAUGUGCCAGGCAAAUUACCAACCAAAUUGUCAAUCAAAUUGCCAAGCAACAUCCCCCUUAAUGAGCUAUCUUCACGACUCUCUUCCUGGUCACCUGCCUCACGAUAUAUCAUCCAUCGGCUGCAGGGCUGUGUGUUCUACGUGCCCUAAGGUUAAGAAAGGCAUGCCGUGUCUGACACCUCUCGGUUUCAGGGGGUUUACUGGUAGUGUGAAGACGGGUAGAGAGCUGUGUGAGAUACUACGUGAUUUCUUUGCAAACUCAUAUAUAACGACGCUGUUCGGCUUAAUGCCCAGACCGCCUACGUCACUACCCGAGCACUUCGAGUUCGCAUUGCAAUUAGCAAACGUGUUGAAUAACGAUGGUUCUGGUAGAGAGGCUGUUAGUGCAGCUUUCGUCAAAUCAACGAAGGAUCAAUCCAUCGACCUUUAUAAUGAACCAUCGAAGCUUACCAUUGCGCUUUGUAAUGCUUAUAACAGCAACAAAAGGCACGACGGUAUGGAGCAUCCUAACGUUUCAGACGCCGAUUUGUCAACUUUGUCGAAAGAAACGACAUGUAAUUAUCCAAACAAAAACAUUCAUUGCGCACCAUAUCUGUCGACCUUAUACAGCGAUUACUACUACUAUGCUGCCGAAAAGCACACUGCUCUCUACCUGUCCUGGGCACUGUAUUCAGCGUGGACGUUAUACGAAUAUCUGAAAUCGUUGCUAGAUGCCUUCGGUAACAUUUCCUGUCAGGAUUGGGGAUGUGACAAAUGCCAACAUGGAGGCAAAUGUAAACCAGGCAGACAUGGCCUUAACUACAACUGCCGAUGCAAAGGGCUUGUUGAGUGCCGCGGUGUAAGGAGCAUCUUUUACGCCUACGGGUUCACAUUUGGUAAUGCUGAAGUCUUAUCUGACUUUGAGAAUAAAAGAUACUGUCACAAUUUCUACAAACAACUGCAGAACGUAUUAAAUUCCAAAUGUUUCAUUGACCUCUUCCAAAAAUGUGACGAAUUCAUAUUCACCAUCAGGCAGCCGUUUAUAUGGCUGAACAUCGCACUCUGGUCACUGUCCCUCUUCUACCUCAUCUGCGUGAUGGUUGGUCGCCUGGACGUUUUCCACAUCCGAUCCCAUCUCAGAUCACCCUCAUCGCACACCAUCACUGCGCAAUCACUGUUGGCUGCAGCGCAAGUCGGAAGGCUUGCCAAGAUAACUUAUCUACAACCGUAA